CAGUCUCCUCGUUCUAAACUUCUCUAUCCCUCGGAUCUCUUUCUUUCUUUUCUUUUAUCUUUCCUUCUUUCUCACUGAAUUCAAAACAAAUGGCGGCAGUAAUGUCUGCUUCCCCCAUGCACGACAUCCACCUCGACAAACUCACCUACGAGAUCUUCUCCGUUCUCGAGAACAAGUUCCUCUUCGGCUAUGAGAACGACCUUCCCCUAAUUCCCAAUCCCACUUCCAAGCUCUCCUCUCAUUCCGGCCGCCGAGACUUGAUUUCAUCAUGCAAGCAAAAUCCCGGCGCCAAAGUCAGAAUCCUAUCAAUCGACGGUCGAGGCUCCACUGACGGUAUCUUGGCCGCCGCCACCCUCUCCCGUCUCGAGGACUUCCUUCGCCGCAAAUCCGGCAACCCAGAUGCCCGCAUUUCUGACGUUUUUGACGUCGUGGCCGGUUCCGGCGCCGGCGGCAUCCUCGCUUCACUCCUUUUCACUCGUGGCAGAGACGGAGCCCCAAUGUUCACCGCAGAUCAGGCGCUGAAGUUCCUCGUCGACAACCACCGCAAGAUCUUCCGGUCAUCGCCGUCGGGGGUUCUCCGGCGGAUUAUCAGGUCGGAUAAGGCGGAGAGGCUCUUCAGUAAAACAUUCGGGGAGUCCACUCUCAAGGACACGCUGAAGUCCGUUCUGAUUCCCUGCUACGACCUGUCCACAAACGCGCCGUUUCUGUUUUCCCGCGCUGACGCCUUGGAAAUGGACGGCUACGACUUCAAGAUAAGGGACGUCUGCGCCGCUACAUUGACGGCACGUCCCGUCGAGAUAGCGUCGGUGGACCGGAGGACAAGGAUCAAUGCCGUGAACGGCGAAAUUGCCAUGAACAAUCCGACGGCCGCCGCAAUUACGCACGUGCUUCACAACAAGCUAGAAUUUCCGCUCUGUAAUGGAGUGGAGGAUCUGCUCGUUGUGUCGCUGGGAAAUGCGCAAUCCGAAUCUGGCAUCGGAAAUAUCACUUCGUCACCGACCGGACUCUUAAGGAUAGCCGGAGAAGGAGCUUCCGACGUGGUUGAUCAAGCUGUUUCAAUGGCGUUCGGUCAAUGGCGGACAAGUAAUUAUGUGCGCAUUCAGGCAAAUGGUACUCCUCCAGCUAAUUACAAGAGCAUGGAUUUGAUGGCCCUGACGGAAAAUAUGUUGGUCCAGAAGAAUGUGGAGUCUGUUCUGUUUCAUGGGAGGAGAAUGGUUGAGAGCACAAAUCUAGAGAAACUAGAAAUGCUUGCUGGAGAGGUAAUCAAAGAGCAAGAGAGAAGAAAAACCAGCAUUUUGCCAACAGUGGUGUUGAAGCAGGCAUCUCCUUCCCCUAGAACUUCUUCUGCCACCACUCUCUCGACCCUAUCUUCUUGCUAGCUAGCUAGUUUGGCUGAUCAUUUAAAAAUAUGAUAGAAAAAAAGGCUGGAUUAACUCAGUUAAUUGCAAAGGGUGCAGAUUUGAUUAUUAAACUAUUAGAGAGACUUAGAUAUUUAAGAUAGGUCUUACAAUAUUUAUUUAAUGUUGUUUGAGAAAUUUAUACAGACAACAGUAAAUACUGUAGGAUCUAUUUUACGUGUGUUAUUAUGUAUAUUCUACCGCUCGUGAUGAAUUGAUGAUAUAUGAACAUCAAAUUCAAGCUGAGCUGAGUUGAGCUGAA